AUGGGACAGACUUGCAGUUGUAAUGACAAGGACGAGGAACAAGAAGUCAAAGUUGACGUUAAGAAAGGAGGAAAGGAAAAGCAAUAAAGUACUAUGGCUCAGAAUAACAGCAAUUAUAAGGCAGCCACUCCCUAAACAGUAAAAAUUUAGAAAGCCAUUCAAUCAAUUUUAAAUAUAUUAUAGAAGAACGGAAUAAGUGAACCUGAUUAAGAUGGCCUCUAAUAUAUUGAUGAGCUAGCUUUUGACAAUGGAGCAAUAUAUAAAGGAUAUAUGAAGGAUGGAAUGAGACAUGGUAACGGAGUUUAAGUAUGGCCAGAUGGUGCUAGAUAUGAGGGAGAGUGGUCGAAGAACCAGGCAAAUGGCAAAGGUAAAUUCUGGCAUGCAGACGGAGACAUCUACGAGGGCGACUGGAGAGGUAAUUAAUUCAUUGAUUUAAAAUAUGUUUUAGAUGAUAAAGCAAACGGUUAUGGAGUGUACAUUCAUGUGAAUGGUGCCAGAUAUGAAGGUUAUUGGAAGAAUGAUCUACAGGAUGGAUCAGGAGUGGAAACUUGGUCAGAUGGUUCUAGAUACUAAGGUGAAUAUAAGGAGGGGCAAAAGCAUGGCAAGGGUAAAUACAUUUGGAACGACGGUUCUUGCUACGAUGGAUAUUGGUAUGAAAACAAAAUUAAUGGCUAUGGUGUUUAUGAAUGGCCAGAUGGUCGUCGUUAUCAAGGCGAGUGGAAAGACAACAACAUGCAUGGUAAAGGACUCUAUACCUGGAAAGAUGGUCGUAUGUAUGACGGUGAAUACUAAAAUGAUAGAAAGCAUGGCUUUGGUACCUACACAUGGGCUGAUGGCAGACAAUACAUCGGAUACUGGCUGAAUGGAAAGCAGCACGGAGAGGGCAGAUAUAAAUAAAAUAAUAACGUGGAGAGAAAAGGUCUCUGGGAAGAUGGUAAAAGACUUAAAUGGCUUGAUGGUGAAUAAUGA